AUGGCAUCGCCGACAGCAUAUAAGCCACUCGUUGGGGGGAAGGAGACAGGAAAUGCGCGAGAACGGAAAGAGAGAGGGAAGGAUGAGGGGAAGAUAGACAGCAACACUUCAGACGAAAGUACAGCGCAGGAAGCCUACGAAGCGACGAUCCGCGAAUCUCUCUCUCCCAUUGAUAGACAACACGCUCCCAUCCCGAAUGUCGAGCGCAGGAUCCACAUUGUCGGGACGGGCAGCAUUGGAAAACUGGUAGCGCAUGCUWUGCGGGGAAUUCCCGAUCCGCCGCCUGUGACCCUCCUCUUCCACCGCUACAAGUUGCUGGAGAAGUGGCGAAGGGGCAAGCAGAGAAUCAUUGUCCAAGAUGGAGAGUUUGAGGUUCCACGGGGCGGUUUCGACUGCGAGUUGCAACCCGUGGGGCAGACGCAGCAUGCGGUGGAUGUGCCUCAUGACACCCCCAACGUCUUUGAGCUGUCUGAUGAGACGGGCAUCAAGCCGCAUGAGGCUGCUCAGAUUGUUGCCGAGCAGAGGGCAGAGGAUGGAGAGAAGGGAAGCUACACCCCAAUCACAAAUCCAGAAAAGCCCAACAAGGCGGCCGCUUUCCUCCCGGACGACAUCAUCCACAAUUUGAUUGUCUGCACAAAGACGAUUAGAACAGUUGUGGCUCUCUCUCGACUCAAGCAUCGUUUGAAUGCGCAGAGUACCAUCUGUUUCCUGCAGAAUGGAAUGGGCGUAGUCGACGACGUUAACGCUGAGAUCUUCCCGGAUCCCGCCACUCGACCGAAUUACGUGCAGGGAAUCAUCACCCAUGGCGCCAAUUCGCCUCCAGAAAAGGCGGAGAGCGAUCCAUUCUAUGUCGUUCAUGMAGGACAUGGGACAAUCGCCCUGGGAAUAGUCCCGCGCGAACCCACCACAAAAGAAGAAACUUCACCACCACCUCCUAUCCAGGAAGAGAACCCAGAGGAAGAAGACUUCAUCCCCGACGCCGCUACCAAAUCACCGCCAAAACCAGAAAAGGCACAACUUGGUCAUCUCCCCGAACACUACCCUCAGUCAGCUCGGUAUCUCAUCCGAACACUCACCAGGACCCCAGUCCUUGCAGCCGUAGCCCACACGCCACAUGAACUCCUCCAACUGCAAUUGGAAAAGCUGGCAGUCAAUUCCAUCCUCAACCCGCUCACCUCACUGAUCGACGCCCGCAACGGCACAAUCCUCUACAACCACGAAUUAAGGCGUACAUUCCGCCUUAUGCUCGCCGAAACGUCCCUCAUCAUCCGCACUCUACCAGAAUUGCGUGGUCUCCCCAACACCAACUCCCGUUUCUCAAGCGAGAGGCUGGAAAGAUUGGUUGUGGAGGUGGCGAGGAAGACCCAGGAUAAUAUCAGYAGUAUGCUGGCUGAUGUCAGGGCUGGGAGGAAGACGGAAGUGGGGUAUAUUAAUGGAUAUAUUGUGAAAAGGGGAGAGGAACUGGGAAUCAAAGCGGUGGUUAAUUACGCUAUGAUGUGUGCUGUGCAAGGGAAGCGGAGGGUUGUGCAGAGGGAGAGGGAGGGAGAGGUUCCUGUGGUCGGAAAGAGGGAUGGAUUGAAUGUUGAUUUGUAG